ACUUACUAUCAAUAUCAAAGUCCUUAUAAGAAAUCGGAACUAUGAGUUUUAUAAAUAGAAGUGUAAUAUAAGAAUUUUAUAAAAAAAUGUGUACGAUACCACCUGCGCCACCACCACCUCCGCCGCCUCUUCCAGUCAGCUCAAGCUCACCUCCAAAACUUUCAGAUUUUUCACCUACUUUUAGCUAUUCUGAUAUUUGUGAAUGGGCAGCCUAUGAACCCCAGCUAUGGGAAGUUUGUGCUAAAAAUGAUAUAUGUUUACAUGAAGCUCCAUUUCAGUACAAAUAUAAAAACUUUGAGUCAAUUAUGCAAAUAGGACCAACGUGCGGAUUAGUUGCUUUAUCCAUGUUAUUAAAUGGAGAGGUCACACCUGAGGAGCUGCUAAAUAUUACUAAAAUGAAAGGUUACAGUAAUAAUGGAGAAAUGUUCAGUUGUAAAGAUAUGGCUAAGUUAGCAGAACAGGCUAUUAGUUUAGCAGAAAUUGCGAACCUAAACUGUUAUGUAAAGACUGGUGGUAUCUUUUGUGAAAAAAUAAUACUUGAAUUAAUAAAUGGUGCUACUUUACUGGUUGCUUAUGACGCUGAUUGUAAUCAUUCACCAUGUUUACGUCAUGGUCAUACUGCUCACUGGGCUCUCGUCUGUGGGAUAGUUAUAGUCAAAGAUCCUGGCAACAGCUACACCGCCGACCCAAGUAAUGUCUAUGUUCUUUGUAGACAUGGAAAGUCAAGAUAUUUAUCUGCUUGGACUCUGGAUGAAUUGGAUAAGAGUAAUAAUAAUUUAUGGGAAUUUUCACCCAAAAAGCAGGAAGAUGGCAUAUCAUAUGUGCUUCCUGAAGGAGGAAUUGGGGGGGAAAAUGGAUUAAGAGGCAAGUUUUUAUUGUUUAAAGGUUUGUAAGUCUAAGGGAAAUUUUAUAAAAAUAUACACUUUUUAUGAUAUGAGUUUAUAUUCUUAUAUUGCACAUUUUACAUGCUGAUAAAUGACUGAUUUAAAUUUACUAAUAGAUAUAUAUACUUUUAUAUCCAAAUAUAUAUGUAAUUUAAUAACAUUUCUCAAAUUAAACUUAUCAUAUUAUUUAUAUUAUGACAAUGUUAAUGAUGAUCUUCAAUGUCGUAUCAAAAAGAAAAACUAUUAGAACUAAAUCUUUUUUUACUUAAAAUUUAUUUAGUGUAAACGCAACAAUAAUAAAUAUUUAAAGAAAGAAUGUCAUAAAUAAUUUAACUAGUAUUCAAAAGGAAAUGAUAAAAUUAAGUUAUCGCGUGAAGAAGGACUAUGGAAAAUAGCAAUAGUAAAUGUGUUCCUAGGUUCACAACUCAUUUUGAGUUAUUGCCAAAGGAUUUAUUAAAUAAUACAAUAAUUUAAUGCAAAAUUUUAUUUGUACAAUAAAUACAAAUCAUACUGCAAAUUGUGAUUAAAUAAUAAAUCUCAUUUUCUUGCAUAAACAUAUUGAAGUGAAAUAACUAUCAGAUAGACAAAUUAAUCUUCUGUUAAACAAAUGACAGUAAGACAUCCUUUUAUUGCACCUUCACUACUUUGAAUUGAUGUAUAAAAUUGUAUUAUAAAUAACAUAAAUGUAAUAUACUUUUGUACUAAAUAAAUCAACUUAACAACUCUCCGUUAAACUAAAGAAUAUUAAUGCCAUCUAUUCAGGCAAAUUAUAUUUGUGAUGAUUAAUAAUAAUAAUUGUUAUCGAAUAAAUGAUUACAAGUUGCAUUGAAUACCUUCUUAUAAUACAUUUUAAUUAAAUCAUUCUAAUAUCAGCAUACAGCUAAAUAAUUAGAAAAUUUUAAUCGCCAAGUCAGUCAGCAGUUAUGAGAUCAAAAUUAUACUAAAUAUAUUUCAUAGCUUAUUAUCAAAGUACACUAUUACUAUUAGAAUGAAGAUAACGUAAAUUUACACCGCUGUUAUACUCAAACAUUUGGCUAGGCCUCUAAAACAACUUUGGACUAUAUAACUUGAGUUAUUUUUGAUUUAACUGCUAUUUGCUUCGAAAUAAAUAACCUUUGUAUAUAAAUAUACAUUUUAAACAAGCAAUUAAAACAAUUUGACAACAAAAUGAAAAAACUCUUAAAAUAUUCUGUUGGCUAGACAAAUUUUUAUCUUCUGUGAUAUUGUCUAAGUAAAAUGUUAAUGUUUGUUUGAAUACAACUUACUAAUUUCAAUAAUAGAAAUCACUUUCGAAAUUAUAGUUUUCAAUGAAAUAGCAGUUAAAACUAAAAGAAAUCAAGUUUUAUCGAUACAUGCAUGUGUAAACAAGACUAGACCAUCUUUAUACCUUUUACUAUAAUUAAGCACACUAUGCAGAUGUAAAAUGCGAUUAUUACAGACAAUACAGAUUACAUGAGUAACUUAUAGUCAAAAUCAUAUUGUUAUAAAUUCAAAUUUAGAACAAUUAAAGUAUUAGGUUUAUAUAAAAUUUAAUUGAUUAUUGCAAUUUUUAAUGUUAUGUUUGUAAGUUCAGAGGUGAACUUAAAUUUAUGAUACAUGAAUGUUAAGUCUUGCAUUUGAAUUAAUUUACAACAAUUAUGAACAAAGAUCAGCAACAGAACAUCUGCAGUAUUACAAGUAGAAUUUGAAAAUUAAAUACCUGUUGAUAUAGAAACAGUAUAAUAUAAAGCUAUCGAUAUGCACAAUCUCUUUACUCCUUCAGAGUCUUGUAGAUAAUAAAGAGAAAUUCUUGAAAGAAUUCAAUAUUUACCAUCGUAUUAUAUAAAAUUAUUAUUAUCUGUCUUUAAACCGUUUUUGUGCAUGUUUUGUUAAUAUUGUCAGUUUAACAUAUUUCAUAACACGUUUGAAAACAUUUUUUUUUUUUUAACAUUCACGACAAAGCUUAUGAAUACAAUUUAUUGAUAUAAUUGGCCAUAUGUAGACAUAUACAUAUAUCAAUUGUUAUUUUUGUAAAAUAACGUUAUAUUGAGUGUUUUUAAAGUUAAAUUUGUAUACAUCUUAUAUGGCCUUAAUAUAUUAUAACAGUUUUCUACAAUUUGAUAUAAAUCUUAUGCUAACAGCGUUACAUUGACCUCACAUACAUAUCUAAAUACACCGACCAUUGUCCAAGUUAAUUUGUGUGAUUAUUAUAAUAAAGAGUUGAACAAACAAUAUUGAA